CUUCUUCCGGUUCCUUCCCUGAUGUAAACAAAUAACAUGAGCCCAAAGUUACUGUCCGGUUAGUAGUUUUGUAUUACGGUAGAGGCUCCCCGCUACACACUAGUCUGUCCUUCUGUUCCAGUCUUUAUUCAGGAACAUUGUUCUCCGUGCCGCUGCUCGGCCAUGUUGUUUCUCCGGACCGCGGCUCUCAGCUGCAGAGCUGUGACCGCUCUGCGCUGCCUGCCCUCCGGCUACACCGCGUCCAGAACCACCGCUUCAUACAUCCAGGGCCAGAGCCCAGAGCCACGGAUCCGGGAAUACUUCUACUACAUCGACCACCAGGGACAGCUUUUCCUCGAUGACACUAAAGUGAAGAACUUUGUCACCUGCUUCAAAGAUAAAAAGUUCCUGGUAUUCUUCUUCAGUCGGCUGCGUUCCAAUGGGAGCGGUCGUUACGAGGAGGACUUUCCCUUCCUGUCCCUGUGCGGCAGGGAGAGGAACUUCUUGCGCUGUGACGACCGUCCCGUGGUUUUCACACACCUCCUGCAGAGUCCCGACCAGGAGCUGCUCUCGUACUGCGGCGGGGCGGAGAAGCUGACCGCGCCGUUCCGCCCUGAAGCUCUUUACAUGCAUCCUGCGAGCGGGCGACUUUACCACCCCUGUUUGGAGCGUGGAGGGGGCGUCGGUCUGGUCAGGUCGGCGCUGGCCAUUGAGCUCAGCCCGUUUUUUGUUUAUGACUCAAAGCAGGGCCAAUCAGAACAGCCCACUCACUUCCUGUGGGGAGGACAGAAGCACGAGCUGAGCAAUGAGCUCGCAGCAAGUCUCCCCACUGCAGAUGGAGAACAAGGAGAGCUGGGAUAAUGACAGACCUGCUCUGAGGUCACACCAACGCAUCCACACACUGAUGGUAGAGGCUGCUUUGUAAAGUGUCCAUCAGAAGUAACUCAUCCAUUCACACACAUUCAUACGCCACUGAUGAAGCAACGGGAGAAACUUGGGGUUAAGUGUCUUGCCAAAGGAUACAUCGGACAUGUAGCUGCAGGAACUGGGGAUCGAACCCCCGACCUUCCAGUUAAGAGACGACCGACUCUACUACUGAGCCACAGCCUUCCUGUAGCCACCGUGAUGUUACCAAUUGCUUUUUGAACCUACCUUCUCAACCCCUGAGUUCUGCAUCCUUUUUUUUUUUGAAGAGGAAGUGACCAUAUUUGGGUGACAGGGUGGACACGCUUUGAAGACCCACUGAGCUACAGCCGCCCCUAUCAUAACUAAAUAUGGAGAAUAUGUAUACUGGUGUGCUCACAUUGGAACUACACACUUAAAUAAGUUCAUGGAAUAAUAUUUAGAGAAAAAAUAUUUGAACCUAACAACACAAGAAGAGUUUCUUUGCAGUUUAAAUGUGUUUUAUUGAAACAAAACAAACUCAUGAGAAAUAUCUGAGAAGCUACGACUUAUUGUUCACAGUGAGAGCCUCAUUGAAUAAAACUGGACAUUGUAGAUGAUUAUCUUUCUCUUGUUUGUGCUGGAGUUUUGGACAAGAAAUGGUUAAACUUGACCUCCUGCAGGUGUUACCCAUGUCCAUGUCAUGUGCUGAUAUGCAAAUAAAAAGUGCAUUUAAUAUU